AUGUUGAAUCAGGGUCCUUUGUUGAUGACUUUGGAUCAUCAUUUAUUCCGAAAUGAGCUGAAUAUGGUUGCCUCCCUCCGUUCCAUGAGGAAGUUAGUUCAAUGCGUUAAUCCAUGUUCCUUACAUGUGUGGUUUGCUUUGUUCUAUUCUUACAUUGAUGGAGACAGUAAGUACAUAGAUGUUAUCACUACUGCAAAUCUCAAACAUGUUUUGGCUUAUUCAAAGAUCACACAUGUUUCUUUCCCCAACAUCUAUUCCUAUUGCUCCAUUGACCUGAUUCUGAGUAUUUCCAGGUUAAAAAAUGAUGUUUCCAAACAUUGUUGGAUCAAUGGAAGAAAAUAUCCAAUGUGCCAAGUUAUGCACAACUCAACAUUUGACCUUUGUUAUUUGUAG